AUUUUCCUUCCUAUCCUAUCUUCCAUUCAAGACACAGUGAAGUGGUUUAUGUGAAUUUUCCACUUAAUAUUCUCAAGAUCAUUUUGCUCACAGCCUAGAAAUACUUGUAUUUCUUUGCUUAACUGAGCUCAUGGGUAAUUUUGUUUCUAGACUCUUUGCAGCAAUCAUCAGCUCUCUGAAACCUCACUUGAAUGUCUACUCUAUCCAGGAGCAUGUAUUGGUCCCUUUCUAAGUACAGACACAGAUUUUAAAAUCAAAUUAUCACAGUUCUUGACUGCACUGCUAAUUACAUGACAAUUAUGAGUCAGAUUUUAUUUUGUCUCUUCCCACAGCAAGAAAAUUCAUGUUAGUACUUGAGCAAUAUCACUGCCAGAACUGAGCUUUCAUUUACAUAUUGAGGUCAUCGGUCUACUGGAAAUUUCCCUUUGAAAGUAAUAUAAAUAUCAGGGUCAGAGAAUCAUAUAUCGAAAGUGUGAUGGCAAAGAAGAAGCUUUGGUAAUUAGUUCUGGCUCCCAUCUGCCUCUGGCACACACUGCUCUGGCUGCAGGACAAUCAUUGAAGCAGUGUCAGACAUCUAGGUGAUCCAACUGGGACCAGCUCUACAGGAACAAAAGGGAGCUGAUCCAGGAUCACCAAAGUAAAGUGCAAUGGGAUCUACAGGAUUAUGUUUCUAUGGACACUGUGUUGUCAUGUUCCUUCUUCAGAUGAUCACACCAAGCUCAGAGCAGUUCACAGUGACUGGUUCAGAGGGUCCAGUCUUGACUCCACUGGGUGGAACCUUGGAACUCAGUUGUCAGUUGUCUCCACCACAAAAUGCACAGCACAUGGAGAUACGCUGGUUCCGGAACCAUUAUACACAGCCAGUACACCUGUACAGGGAUGGUAAAGACCUGCAUGGAGAAACUACCUCUAAGUAUGUGGAGAGGACAGAACUCCUGAAAGAUGCCAUUGGAGAAGGGAUAGUGACCCUCAGGAUCCUUAGCGUGACUGUUGAUGAUGAUGGUCCUUACCAUUGCGUCUUCAAAGAUGGCGAUUUUUAUGAAGAGCACAUAACAGAGGUCAAGGUCACAGCUGUGAACUUGCGGGUGCAGAUCCACCUGCAUCCUCCUAAUACCAAAGGUUUAAUAGUGGAGUGUCACUCUGGAGGUUGGUUCCCACGGCCUCUCAUAGAAUGGAGAGAUGACAGAGGAAAGGUCAUUCCAGCUGCAUCAAAAUCUCAUUCACAGGAUGGAGACAAACUGUUCAUUAUGAACAUGACCCUUCUCGUUAAAGACAGCUCCUCCCAGAAAGUCAUUUGCUGCUUUCAGAACCCUCUGACAGGCCAAGAGCAAAGGACAAGUGUUGUCCUAUCAGAUGCAUUUUUUUCAUGGAAUAAGAUUUGGAAAACAAUUCUGGGCAUAAUAUUAUCUGUGAUGGUGUUCUCUAUAAUGGUUUCCAGUUCUCAGCUAUGUUACAGACAUAAACUUUGCGUCUGUAGCUGGUACACCUGCUCUGCUCCUUGGGUGAUAGGCAUAUUGAUAAUGGUGUUUUCAGUAUCGAUUGUCAUAGGAGUCAUGUUGUGGAUGCAUAAGAAAGAAAGAGUUCCUGUUUCAGAUGCACAUUUUGAAUUGGAUACUUUGUGGGUGGAAGAUAUAAGCGUCAUUCUAUGUGCACUGAUGGUUUCUGCCACCAUGCUCAUUUCUUAUGUGUACUUCAGAUUGAGAGAGACUGUUGAACCUGAAAAUUGAAAGAGAAGGACCAGUUCCACAAUUUUGAGCCAAAUUUGCAUCAAGCUUUAAUUAAAUACUGGCUAACGAGCAGCGGUGGUGCAUACCUUUAAU